AUGGCGACGACAAGUAGCGGUCAAGAUCCGGCGUCCACGUUAGCGCGGGAGCACCGAAAAACCAUCAAACGCGACCGCAGGCUGAAGCAACGACUCGUCCGCAAGCAAGCCUCGCAGCAGAACCCCGACGAGUCCUCCUCCGAGAACAAGAUGGCCGUCCUGACCGCGGCCCCGCCCACACCCAAGACCCUCAACGAACUCAACACCGCCGCCGAGAUGCAGAUCCGCGCCGACAUGGAGCGCGCAUCCCAACAGCCUUCCAGCCAAGACGAAUCCGCCUCGCCCGCCGCCGCCGCCGCCGAGCCGCUCCAGGCCCGCGCGAAGCCCAGCAGACGGCAUCUCCGAUAUCGUCAGCGGAGAAAGGCGUGGCGGCAGAAGCAUCGCGAGCAGAACGAUGCCGUGCUGCAAGAAGCGGCGGCGAUCAAACUCCCCGUCGACUGA